AUGAGCCUAAAAUGGAUUCCUGCGAGUUCCGGAGGAGAUGAAACGCCAGACACGAUCGCACAAUGUGUCUUGGAAGCUUACAAACGUUUACCAGCGCAUGGAAAACCGAUUGUAAGGGCAAAUGGAGUCCAUGAAUGGACAACUUUAGCUGGUGUUGUCCUGGAAGAUACGAACGAAAGAAAAUUCACUUGUAUUGACUUAUCUAUACCAAUCUCCAAAAUUGAGCCAUACCAAUUUGGUAGCAUUCUACAUGACUGCCACGCUGAGAUAUUGGCAUUACGAUGCUUUAAUCGGGUUUUAUUAGAACAUUGUAAAUUGUACAACGAUGAACCAAGUAGAGCAUGGCUCCUUGAAAAAAAAAACGAGGGGAAAUUACGUUUACGUCGAAAUUUAAAGCUCCAUCUAUAUGUUUCAGAAUGUCCCUGUGGUGAUGCAAGUAUGGAGCUAUUAGCAAGCAGCUUAGAAAACAGUGAGCCUUGGAACCUGGCUUCAUUAGCAGAUCAGCCCAUGCGCGGCCGGUCUGACUUUGGCCAGCUAAGUAUAGUACGAACAAAACCUGGCCGCGCUGAUUCUUCUUUCAGUUGGAGCAAAAGCUGUUCAGACAAGCUUUCAUCUAAACAGUUUUUAUCCGUUUUGAAUGCGCAAACAAGCUUGCUUAUUGAACCAAUAUACUUAUCUUCUUUAGUGCUUCCCGAAAACGUAAUAGUUCAUACCUCGAUAGAAAGAGCAUUUGGGCCUUCCGGUCGAUGUGUGGGACUCUUGAAUCAAAUGUUUGGGAAUUACAAAUUUCAGUCAUUUCAAGUGUUAGCGACGAAAAAACGAUAUCCAUUUUCGAAAUUAGUAGAACCAGGUAUCCGUACCGCGACCAGUACGAGCGUCGUAAUAUGGCUCGGAGACCAGUUGAAUACAACUCAGGUUAUCCAUAAUGGUAUUCUAGCUGGUAAAAAGGCAAAAGAUACUGAGCGCUCGCAAAGUAUGAUUUCCAAAAAGGCUAUGAUGCGCAUUUUGCAAGAUGUUGAGCAUGCUAGUUUGGAGAUAAAAAAUUAUGAGAGUUGGAAACAAACAAAUAUUGACCGGGAAGGGGCUAAAAUAUUGGUUCGGAAUGUUUUGAAACCUUGGAUUUGCAAUGGAGGAGACGAGUUUGACUGGAUUUCGUAA